GUAGUUCACGCCUUGCAGCCGCAGGUCUAAAUUGAAAAUCCGGUACAGAUGCUCUUUUCUCAUUUGUUUGUUCAUUGUGUUACUCCGUUGUGGCUGUCUGGUGGAGGUGUUAAAAAUUGAAAGCGAGAAAGAUGCACUAUGAAACUGGAUUUCUGCUGCUCUGCUCCAUCCUGGUAUCUGUGCUGGGAUCCUCAUCAUUCCACACUUUCCCCUUCCUGGCUACUUGCUCCAGGGAAGCAGAAGAGAAGUCUUGCACAGAUCAGGGGGAGAUGCUGGCAAAUGAUGACAAUACCUUGGAAUUAAAGCCUGGGCCAGAGAUGGAGAAUGCAAUGGAGCUCGUGAUCAAUAGGAAUGGGAAGCUCUCUGUCAACCAGGAGGCCUUACAGGUGCUGUCCGAGAUUGAUAGGCCAGUAGUGGUUGUUGCGGUGGCUGGGCCAGCCCGAACUGGAAAGUCCUACCUACUGAACCGACUAGCUGGCAGGAAGAAAGGUUUUCAGUUAGGUUCUACUGUUCAGUCUCACACUAAAGGAAUUUGGAUGUGGUGUUUGAGACAUCCCACAAACCCCGAUCACGAACUGGUCCUGCUGGACACAGAGGGCUUUGGAGACCCAGAGAAGGGAGAUGACGACAAUGAUCAUUCGAUCUUUACACUAGGCAUUCUUCUCAGUAGUAUGUUUGUCUACAACAGCGUGGGAAAUAUUGACCAGAACUCAUUAAAAGAUCUACACUUUGUUACUAAGCUUGCUCAGUGGAUUCAAAAAGACACCCAAACCAAUGGCAGCAGCACGAGUGACUUUAUAACCUUCUUUCCCGAGUUUGUGUGGAUCCUCAGAGACCUAACCUUGGAUCUGGUGAUUUAUGGCGAGCCAGUCACUGCAGACCAGUACCUGGAGCGCGUUUUAAGGUUAAACAAAUACACUGAUGAGAAAGCUAAAAAGUUCAAUGACCUACGAAGAUGCAUUCGUGAAUACUUCCCUUCCCGGAACUGCUUUGGACUUGUCACUCCGACAAUGGCGUCCAAUCUGAAGAGACUGGAGGAGCUGCAGGAUCACGAGAUGGAUCCGCUGUUCGUUAAACAGUUUGCAGAUUUCUCAAGUUAUGUUUAUAACACAGCAAAAGCAAAAGAUGUGGACGGCAUGUAUAAUGUGACUGGCCGAGUGCUGGGCAAUUUAGUGGACACAUAUGUGCAGGCCCUGAACCAUGGUCAGCGCCUGUGCGUGGAGAGUGCUGUGGAGAGGCUGGCUGAUAUUGAGAACUCUGCGGCUGUGGAGAAAGCUGUGACAUAUUACACCAGCCACAUGAACAGCUCCCCUGUAACCAGCCUGGAGGAGCUGUUUAAACAGAACACUGAGCACUUCAACAAGUCCCUUGAGAUCUUCCUGAAGCACUCCAUGAUGGACAGAAACCACACCUACUACCUGAAACUUUUUAGAGCCUUGAAAGAAAAGUAUGAAGAUUUACGCCAUAAUAUUGAGACUGAGUCAGAAAAAAGGUGCACAUCAGUGCUGAAGGAAUUAGAAAGCAUUGUGAAAGAACGCCUUACUUCUGGAUACUAUAUCAAACCAGGGGGAUAUGGAGACUUCACAGCAGACGUAGAAGAUACUGUAAAGAAAUACAAUGCAAGGGUGGAGGGAGAAGUCCUGGCAAGCAAAGUUCUGGACAUAUUCUUGCAGCAGAUUAAUUCUUACUCUAAGAACAUACAGAGAGCAGAUACUUUGUUACAACAGGCAGAGGUGAAAGAGCGCCUUAAAGAGCAGCAGGAAGAAUCAAAGGAAAAGGCGAGGAGAGAAAGAGAGGUGGAAGAGAAGGAGAAAAUGAAGCAGAAGGAGGAGGCCAUUCGAAUGCUGGAGGAGAAAAAUGAAGAAAUCACUCAGGGGAUGACUAAGAGAGCUCAAGACAUCAUUAACAGGAAGAAGCAAGAACAGGAGGACUAUGAGAAAGAAGGGAGUAAAAAAGACUGGGAACGGAUGAAAUGGGAAAUAGAAAACUAUGGUCAUAAUCAAAAAUUGCAAAGGAAAUCUUAUUUUGAAACAUUUAAGAAGCUUUUGCAGUGGGUCUUCAGUUGGUUUUACUGAAGCAAGUUAGAGAGUUCAGGACAGCAGUGGGAUAGUGGGUUUUUGAAGAUGGUCGUAUUUAAUUGAAGUGUAAUGUCAUUUUAACUUGCCACCUUUGCUUUCAAAAUAUUCUGUUCACUGUGGCGAUGCAAUGUAGAAAAAUGAAAACAAAAUCCUUGUUGCUCAAUUACGUUUUUUUUCCCUUUGAUCAUCUAUUUUUUGUGGUGAAUUUGAUCUGAUGGAAUACAGUAUGUCCAUUUAUUAUUUCUCAUGUACCAGUGGUGACAGACAUUCUUGACAUACCUUCAAUGUCUAGUUUAAAUCUGCUGCUCAGAUCUCCUUCUUUCUUCUUUAGUUUUCAAAGGUUUACAAGUUGUUCAUGUGCUAAUGCAAAAUCAGCCUCACACAAAGAUGUACUUUUGUUUUUUCGCAGUGCCUGUAAACCCAGUUUAAAGUGCAAAUGGGAAAGGGGUUCAGUACUUCACAUGUAUUCCUCUGUUCAAUGAAGGUUUUAAAACAUU